AUGGGAGGAGUAACAUCAUCGAUCGCAGCUAAGUUCGCCUUCUUCCCACCUACUCCGCCGUCUUACACGGUGGAAGCCGACGAGUCCUGCGGCGGCCAACUCUUUAUUCCGGAGGUUCCUAGGAAGGAAGGCGUCGACGUGCUAAAGCUUCGAACUAAAAAAGGCAACGAAAUCGUUACUGUACAUAUUAAACACCCAAAAGCUUCUGCUACACUUCUUUAUUCUCAUGGUAAUGCUGCCGAUUUGGGUCAGAUGUUCGAGCUUUUUGUCGAAUUGAGCCUCCGUCUUCGUGUUAAUAUUGUUGGCUACGACUACUCCGGAUAUGGGCAAUCAACCGGAAAGCCAUCCGAGUGUAAUACAUAUGCGGACAUUGAUGCGGUAUAUAAAUGUCUAAAGGAAAAAUACGAAGUCAAAGAUGAUCAACUAAUUUUAUAUGGUCAAUCUGUUGGUAGUGGGCCCACCAUUGACCUUGGAUCACGAAUUCCCGAUUUAAGAGGUUUGGUUCUACAUAGUCCAAUCCUUUCGGGCCUAAGGGUUUUGUAUCCUGUCAAACGAACCUAUUGGUUUGACAUUUAUAAGAAUAUUGAGAAGAUAAGUUUAGUGAGUUGCCCGGUUCUUGUAAUACAUGGAACAUCGGAUGAAGUUGUGGAUCAUUCACAUGGGAAACAACUAUGGGAGCUUUGCAAGAACAAAUAUGAACCGUUAUGGCUAACCGGUGGAGGCCAUUGCAACCUUGAGUUCUAUCCCGAGUUCAUCCGCCACUUAAAAAAGUUCGUUUUGUCCCUUGGAAAAUCAAAAACUUCCAUUAAUGGCACAAAAACCUCAAUAAUACCGGAUGUUGAGAAUCAAAAGAAAGUGUCCGAAAGUGGCUCCACGGUUUCUGGAGAUACGUUUGAGUUGCGUGCUGACCUUCCGGAAGUUUCUAGAAAUAGUUUAGAUAGUAGACUCGAGAAGUCAAAGAAGCCAAGAAACAAGCCGGAAAAGUCUCGAAUGAGUGUUGACAUGUUUAGAAGACGAAAAGGGUUGGUUUGGUGAUUACUUGUUGAGCAAGUUUCGUGUAAGAAAGGUAACUUGUUGCUCAAGCUUUUCGUAUUUUUUUUCUUUAUGUUUUGUAUUGUUUUGUUAUGAAAAAUGAGUGUUAUUGUUAUUACUAGUCCUUUGUAUCAUUGUAUGUUAUAUUGAGCAUAGGUCACAAGGUAUCCACUUCAUGAUUUUAAUUAUCUUUUCUUCGCCCUUUUUUCGUCAUGUAAAAUGAACAAAUAUAUCGGAAUAUGAAUUGGUGUGAGUUCAAUU